UAAUGAACCGGCCCUGAAAACUGAAAAGCAUUUGAGCCGGUUUAUCAGCAACAGACCGGAAACGCGAUGCAGCAGAACUAAGAACCGGAAAAAAAAAUUCUCAAUGACUAAUUUGGAAGACGAAGAAGAACUAUGAUUCUGGUACAAAGUGGAUAUGAAAUCUGAAGUUUGCAGUUGCAUUAAAGUGGUGUAAAUUUGAGAGAAAUGAAGGCGGGGAGUGCUGCAAAGCUGAUUGUUGACGCGUUGCUUCAGAGGUUUCUUCCACUUGCCAGGCGUCGCAUUGAAACUGCUCAAGCUCAGGAUGGACAGUACCUUCGGCCAUCUGAUCCAGCCUACGAGCAAGUACUGGAUUCAUUGGCCAUGGUUGCACGUCACACACCUGUUCCUCUUCUGGAGGCCCUUCUAAGAUGGAGAGAAAGCGAAUCUCCUAAAGGUGCAAAUGAUGCAUCAACAUUUCAGAGAAAGCUUGCAGUGGAGUGCAUCUUUUGUUCCGCAUGUAUUCGCUUUGUGGAAUGUUGUCCACAAGAAGGGCUCACAGAGAAGCUUUGGAUGGGGCUUGAGAAUUUUGUAUUCGAUUGGCUUAUAAAUGCAGACAGAGUUGUUAGCCAGGUUGAGUAUCCUUCGUUGGUUGAUUUGCGGGGGCUUCUUCUGGACUUAGUUGCUCAACUCCUUGGCGCUCUAUCUCGGAUCAGAUUUAGCUCAGUGACAGAACGCUUUUUCAUGGAACUCAAUACCCGGCGUAUAGAUACUAAUGUUGCUCGCAGUGAAGCACUUAGUAUUAUAAAUGGGAUGCGCUAUCUGAAGCUAGGGGUGAAGACAGAGGGUGGACUGAAUGCUUCAGCUUCGUUUGUGGCUAAAGCUAACCCUCUGAAUCGUGCUCCUCACAAACGAAAAAGUGAACUUCAUCAUGCCUUAUGCAAUAUGCUAUCCAACAUCCUAGCGCCACUUGCAGAUGGUGGAAAGGGUCAAUGGCCUCCUUCAAGUGUAGAUCCUGCACUAACUCUAUGGUAUGAAGCUGUGGCACGAAUAAGGAUACAGCUCAUGCAUUGGAUGGAUAAACAGAGCAAACAUAUCUCUGUUGGCUAUCCUUUAGUGACGCUUCUUCUGUGUCUUGGUGAUCCACAUGUUUUUCUCAGUAAUUUUGGUCCUCACAUGGAGCAACUGUAUAAGCAUCUGAAGGACAAGAACCAUCGAUUCAUGGCCUUAGACUGCUUACAUCGUGUACUGAGAUUCUACUUGAGCGUUCACGGUGAUUCCCAGUCUCGAGAUUGCGUGUGGGAUUACCUUGACAGUGUGACAUCGCAGCUCCUUACAGUUCUCAGAAAAGGCAUGCUUACACAAGAUGUACAACAUGAUAAACUAGUCGAAUUCUGUGUGACUAUUGCUGAACAUAACAUUGAAUUUGCAAUGAACCAUAUGAUAUUGGAGUUAUUGAAGCAAGAUAGUCCAAGUGAAGCGAAAGUUAUUGGUCUUCGUGCUUUGCUUGCCAUUGUCAUGUCUCCUACCAGUCAGCAUGUGGGCUUGGAAAUUCUCCAUGUUCGUGGUAUUGGCCAUUUCAUCCCAAAAGUGAAGGCCGCAAUUGAGUCAAUUUUGAGAUCUUGUCAUAGGACAUAUAGCCAGGCUCUUCUUACUUCUUCAAGGACCACUAUAGAUGCUGUAACAAAAGAGAAAUCUCAGGGAUAUCUGUUCCGCUCAGUUCUGAAGUGCAUACCGUAUCUGAUUGAAGAAGUUGGCCGAAGUGAUAAAAUUACUGAGAUAAUACCUCAACAUGGCAUCAGUAUCGAUCCUGGUGUGCGUGAGGAAGCGGUGCAAGUACUCAAUCGGAUCGUGAGGUACCUUCCACAUCGUCGCUUUUCAGUUAUGAGAGGGAUGUCAAACUUCAUUCUACGCCUUCCAGAUGAGUUCCCUCUUCUCAUUCAGACUUCGCUGGGACGCCUUCUGGAGCUCAUGCGUUUUUGGAGAGCUUGUAUAGCUGAUGAUAAGGUGGAGUAUGAUGUUUCUGAUGCAAAGCGUGUGCAGAGAACGGAGGGAUUCAAGAAGUCUUCUUUCCAUCACUCUCAAGAAACAAUUGAAUUUCGUGCUUCUGAGAUAGAUGCAGUUGGUCUUAUAUUCCUUAGUUCAGUGGAUAGUCAGAUCCGGCACACAGCACUGGAGUUACUGCGCUGUGUUCGUGCUUUAAGAAAUGAUACUAGGGAACUCUCAUUGCAUGAGCGAUCAGAUCGUGUUUUGAAAGAUGAAGCUGAACCCAUAUUCAUAAUUGAUGUUUUAGAAGAGCAUGGGGAUGAUAUUGUUCAGAGUUGUUACUGGGAUUCGGGUCGUCCAUUUGAUCUGAGGCGAGAGUCUGAACCUGUACCCCCUGAUGUUACUCUCCAGUCUAUACUCUUUGAGAGCCCUGAUAAGAACAGAUGGGCCCGCUGUCUGAGCGAGCUUGUCAAGCAUGCAGCGGAGUUGUGUCCAAGUUCUGUUCAGGAAGCAAAAUUGGAAGUUAUUCAGCGGCUUGCUCAUAUAACGCCUGCUGAGUUGGGAGGAAAGGCUCAUCAGUCACAGGACACUGACAACAAGUUAGAUCAAUGGUUGAUGUAUGCUAUGUUCGCAUGCUCAUGUCCAUCUGAUAGUAGAGAAGGUGGUGGUUCGGCAGCAAUAAAAGAACUUUUCCACCUCAUCUUCCCGUCCCUAAAGUCUGGUUCUGAAGCAAAUAUACAUGCAGCUACAAUGGCUCUGGGCCACUCCCAUCUUGAAAUAUGCGAAGUCAUGUUUAGUGAGCUUGCAUCUUUCAUUGACGAGGUCUCUCUGGAGGCAGAAGGAAAACCAAAAUGGAAGAGCCAAAGGUCCCGCAAGGAAGAACUUCGUGUCCACAUUGCAAAUAUAUACCGUACAGUUUCUGAAAACAUCUGGCCUGGAAUGCUUAGUAGGAAGCCUGUUUUCCGCCUACAUUAUUUGAAGUUCAUAGAAGAAACAACCAGACAGAUAUUAACAGCGUCUGCUGAGAGUUUCCAGGAGAUGCAACCCCUCCGCUAUGCACUUGCUUCUGUACUGAGAUCUCUGGCCCCUGAAUUUGUUGAUUCAAAAUCAGAGAAGUUUGACAUUAGAACUAGGAAGCGACUUUUUGAUCUUCUGCUCUUCUGGAGCGAUGACGCUGGCAAUACAUGGAGCCAAGAUGGUGUUAAUGAUUAUCGACGUGAAGUAGAACGAUACAAGUCUACUCAGCACUCUCGAUCAAAAGAUUCUAUAGACAAACUCACAUUUGAUAAAGAACUGAAUGAACAGGUAGAAGCCAUCCAAUGGGCUUCCAUGAAUGCAAUGGCUUCACUGUUGUAUGGACCCUGCUUUGAUGACAAUGCAAGAAAGAUGAGUGGCCGUGUAAUAUCUUGGAUAAAUAGUCUUUUCAUCGAGCCUGCACCAAGGGCACCCUUUGGUUAUUCACCUGCUGAUCCAAGAACUCCAUCUUAUUCAAAGUACACUGGUGAAGGUGGCAGAGGAACAACUGGUCGUGAUAGGCACAGAGGAGGUCAUCUUCGAAUAUCUCUAGCAAAAUUAGCUUUAAGAAAUCUUCUUAUAACAAACUUGGACCUGUUUCCUGCUUGCAUUGAUCAGUGCUACUACUCCGAUGCUGCAAUUGCAGAUGGCUACUUCAGUGUGCUAGCUGAAGUCUAUAUGCGUCAAGAGAUUCCAAAAUGUGAAAUACAGAGACUCUUAAGUCUGAUCCUCUACAAGGUGGUGGAUCCUUCCCGACAGAUUCGUGAUGAUGCCCUCCAAAUGCUUGAAACACUUUCUGUGCGUGAAUGGGCUGAUGAUGGGAUGGAGGGGUCUGGAAGCUACAGAGCUGCUGUAGUUGGGAACCUUCCAGAUUCAUAUCAACAGUUCCAAUAUAAACUUUCUUGUAAACUUGCUAAAGAUCAUCCUGAACUGAGCCAAUUGCUUUGUGAAGAAAUUAUGCAGAGGCAGCUUGAUGCUGUUGAUAUAAUUGCACAGCAUCAAGUCCUCACCUGCAUGGCUCCAUGGAUUGAGAAUCUCAAUUUCUGGAAACUCAAGGACUCUGGCUGGAGUGAGAGAUUAUUGAAAAGUCUCUAUUAUGUGACUUGGAGACAUGGUGAUCAGUUUCCUGAUGAAAUUGAAAAGCUUUGGAGCACAAUUGCUAGCAAACCCAGGAACAUAAGUCCAGUUUUGGAUUUUUUGAUUGCAAAAGGGAUUGAGGAUUGUGAUUCAAAUGCAUCUGCAGAAAUAAGUGGUGCGUUUGCUACAUAUUUCUCUGUUGCUAAAAGGGUUGGUUUAUACUUGGCUCGUAUCUGCCCCCAACGUACUAUUGAUCACCUGGUUUAUCAACUAGCUCAGCGUAUGCUCGAGGAUAACAUAGAGCCUCUGAGGCCUAGUGCAAACAGAGAUGGUAAUGGAAACUUCGUACUGGAAUUCUCUCAGGGGCCGUCUGUUGCUCAAGUUUCAUCAAUUGUAGACAACCAACCUCACAUGUCGCCUUUAUUAGUUCGUGGGUCUCUUGAUGGUCCUCUAAGAAACACAAGUGGGAGCUUGAGCUGGAGAACAGCAGCAGUUGGGGGCCGAAGUGCCUCGGGCCCCUUGAGUCCUAUGCCUCCCGAGUUGAAUAUUGUUCCUUUAACUGCUGGUCGGUCUGGCCAACUUCUUCCAUCACUGGUGAACAUGUCAGGACCAUUAAUGGGAGUACGGAGUUCAACAGGAAGCCUGCGAAGUCGCCAUGUCUCGAGAGACAGUGGAGAUUAUCACAUUGAUACUCCAAAUUCCGGGGAGGAAGGAUUGCACUUGGCGGCUGGAACACAUGCUGUUAAUGCAAAAGAACUUCAAUCAGCAUUGCAAGGUCAUCAGCAGCACCUACUCACUCAUGCAGACAUAGCCUUGAUUUUACUUGCUGAAAUUGCCUAUGAGAAUGAUGAAGAUUUCCGGGAGCAUUUACCUUUGCUCUUUCAUGUCACUUUCGUCUCCAUGGAUAGUUCAGAGGAUAUUGUCUUGGAGCAUUGUCAGCACCUUCUUGUUAAUCUGUUGUAUUCCCUUGCUGGGCGCCACUUGGAAUUGUAUGAUGUUGAAAAUAGUGAUGGAGAGAACAAGCAGCAAGUAGUGAGCUUGAUAAAGUAUGUUCAAUCUAAGCGAGGUAGCAUGAUGUGGGAGAACGAGGACACUACAGUUGUCAGAACAGAACUGCCAAGUGCAGCACUCUUAUCUGCUUUAGUGCAGAGCAUGGUGGAUGCUAUCUUUUUCCAAGGAGAUCUACGGGAAACUUGGGGAGCAGAGGCACUUAAAUGGGCUAUGGAAUGCACAUCAAUACACCUGGCCUGCCGCUCACACCAGAUAUAUCGUGCACUGCGGCCUCAUGUAACUAAUGAUGCUUGUGUAUCCUUGCUACGGUGCCUUCACAGAUGCUUGAGUAACCCAGUACCGGCUGUUCUAGGUUUUGUUAUGGAGAUCUUGUUGACAUUACAGGUGAUGGUGGAGAAUAUGGAGCCAGAAAAGGUGAUAUUAUAUCCACAGCUUUUCUGGGGUUGCGUUGCCAUGAUGCAUACAGACUUCGUUCAUGUGUAUAGUCAGGUGCUGGAACUCGUUUGUCGUGUAAUUGAUCGCUUAUCAUUCCGAGAUAGAACAACUGAGAAUGUGCUUCUUUCAAGCAUGCCCAGAGAUGAGCUUGAUUCAAAUGUUGGUGAUAGUUCUGAUUUCCAACGUAUGGAAUCACGGAAUGCUAGUGAGCCAUUACCCUCCACUGCAAAGGUUCCAGUGUUUGAAGGAGUGCAGCCACUGGUUCUUAAAGGCCUUAUGUCAACAGUCAGUCAUGGUGCUUCCAUUGAAGUUCUAUCGAGGAUCACUGUGCCCUCAUGCGAUUCAAUCUUUGGUGAUGCAGAAACACGCCUACUAAUGCACAUAACAGGCUUACUUCCCUGGCUCUGCUUACAGCUUAACCAGGAUGCGGUGGUCGGUCCUGCUUCACCACUCCAUCUCGAGAAUCAAAAGGCUUGCUCUGUUGCAACCAAUAUCGCCGUCUGGUGUCGAGCAAAAUCAAUAGAUGAAUUGGCUACUGUGUUCAUGGCUUACUCCCACGGUGAGAUCAAAAGUAUAGAACACCUUCUAGCUUGUGUUUCACCAUUACUAUGCCAUGAAUGGUUCCCUAAGCACUCAGCUCUAGCAUUUGGGCACCUCCUCCGUCUUCUUGAGAAGGGGCCAGUUGAAUAUCAGCGUGUCAUACUUCUUAUGCUGAAGGCAUUGCUUCAGCAUACUCCGAUGGAUGCUGCUCAAAGUCCACAUAUGUAUGCAAUUGUAUCUCAGUUGGUAGAGAGCACUUUGUGUUGGGAGGCACUCAGUGUAUUGGAAGCCCUUCUGCAGAGCUGUAGCUUACCCGGAUCACAUCCGCAUGAGCUGGGACAAUUUGAGAAUGGACUUGCUGCCGCUGAAGAGAAGAUUCUUGCACCUCAGACCUCAUUUAAGGCUCGAAGUGGGCCAUUGCAGUUUGCAAUGCUCGGACUUGGAGCUGGUUCAACACCAGUAGCCCAACCUAGUGCAUCUGAAUCUGGUUUGUCAGCUAAAGAAUUAGCACUGCAAAACACGAGGUUGAUGCUAGGGAGAGUACUUGAUAGUUGUGCACUUGGACGAAGGAGAGAUUAUAGAAGACUGGUUCCUUUUGUAACUAGUACUGGAAAUUCAUAGAAGUCUAUUUUGCACAUUAGUUUGGUAGCACAAUGUUUGAAUAUCCACGAGCAGGGUUUUGUAAAUAGGUGCAGUCCCUAUUGCAUUUUGUAAAGUUAUUUAGGCUCCUUUAUUCUGAAUGCAUUAAAGCUAGUCUUGUUUCAGCGUCUAA